CCGCCACUAGGAAAAGGAAGGGGGCGGGCCCUGCGCGAGGCAUCUUGGGAACGCGUGGUAUUCUGGGAGCGUGGGAGCCGCCAUUCACUCGCUUCACGCCUUCGCAGUCGCAAGAGACACCUCUGCACCAGAAAGGAAGAGGAGACCGGAACCGAACUCUCUUCCUGCCGAGAUGUCUAUUGGCGUACCGAUUAAAGUCCUACAUGAGGCUGAGGGUCACAUUGUGACAUGUGAGACAAACACUGGUGAGGUGUAUCGAGGGAAGCUCAUUGAAGCAGAGGACAACAUGAACUGCCAGAUGUCCAACAUCACAGUCACAUACAGAGAUGGCCGAGUGGCACAGCUGGAGCAGGUGUACAUCCGUGGCAGCAAGAUCCGCUUUCUGAUUUUGCCUGACAUGCUGAAAAACGCACCCAUGUUAAAGAGCAUGAAAAAUAAAAACCAAGGCUCGGGGGCCGGUCGGGGAAAGGCUGCUAUUCUGAAGGCCCAAGUGGCCGCAAGAGGGAGAGGACGUGGAAUGGGGCGUGGAAACAUCUUCCAGAAGCGAAGAUAAAUUUAUCUGUUGGACAGAACUUUGCCCUUAUUUUUUUCUUUUAGGUUAUCUGGGUCAGGGGGUGCGUGCGUAUGUAUAUGUCCUAGGUUAUCUUUUGACAUCUUUUUCUUUAGAUCUGGGUAAAUGUUAAACUAAAUAAAUGUGGGUUUUUUUCUUUUUGAGAAUAUAA